AUGACUACACCAUAUGAGAAAUUGCGCCUCCAAAGAAUUGCAGAGAAUAAGAAAAAGGUAGAGGCUCUCAAUCUUCAUACACUCUCUCAGUCCCUUCACAAAUCAUGUGAGCCUUCUUCCAAACCAUUGCCGUCUGUGAAGGUUCGUCCGAGGUUUGUACAACCUGGAGAGCUUGAAGUAAACAAGAAGCGCCUACGUUCAACUACAAUGCGCAAAUCAUCCAUAACUCCUCACCCAAUCGAAACUACAAUAACUUCUUCUCCAAUACAACCUACAAUAACCCCUCCACUAAUCCAAACUACAAAAGAUGUUGUGGUAGGAGAGGAGACUGAAGAUGAUUUGGUAGGAGAUGAGGUUGAAGAUGAUGUGGUAGGAAACGAGGCUGAAGAUAUUGUGGUAGGAGAUCGGGCUGAAGAUGUUGUGGUAGGAGAUGGGGAUGAAGAUGUUGUUGUAGAAGAUGAGACUAAAGAUGUUGAUAAAAAGGCUAAAUCUGUGUAUUGGGAUGUAAAUAUCAUUAAUGAAGAGGGUCAUGUUUCAAGCACACGUUUAUGUGCGAAAGACUUGGUUGCGAAUUCAGAGCCCAAUGGAACAUGGAUAAUACUUGAAUUCAAUAAUGAUCAUUGUGCAAUAGGACAAGCUUCAGGUUUGUUAGCAGGGUAUUUAGGCAUGAUUAUUAGAAUGUAUAAAGACAUUCCCAUAAUGUUUGAGAGUUGGAAGGAUAUUCCAGAGGAAACAAAAACAAAGUUUUAUGAUUCAAAGAUAAAGCUCCAUUUUCUUGUUGAUGACGGGCGUGAUAAAGAAUUCGUACUUGCUUCUGCUGCAAAGAAAUGGAAGGAUGGCCGACAUUAUUUGUUUCGCAAAUUUUAUAAAUGGGAUCUCACUUUGGAGGAAAAUCUUCAAAAGUUUCCAACCGUCAGAGGCAUUCCGGAACACGAUUGGGCUGUUUUUGUUCAAUAUAGACGGAAAGAAAAAACACAAAAAAUAGCCCAAAAAAAUGCUCAAAAUAGAGCAAAAUUGAAGGCUCCGCACACACUCGGAUCUAAGUCGCUUGCAAGGAAGAAACAUGAGUUGGAAUCAAGAGAUGGACGAACAUACAGCAGAGGAGAAAUGUAUGCAAUUUCUCAUACAAAGUCUGACGGGUCUUUUGUCAAUGAAGAUGCAUUCAACAAUAAUGAAAAAUUACAAGCUGCAAUUAAGGAUUCUGUGUCUGAAAAUGAGGCAUUUCAGAAAGUAUUUGGAAAAGAACAACAUGGAUAUGUUCGUAGUAUGGGACUUGGAGUUACACCAUCUCAGAUUAAUAGAUCUACGAGAUCGGCAUCUUCUUUUGCAGAAAAUGAAAAAAUAAAGGAAAUGCAAGAAGAAAUUAAUGCACUUAAAGAAAAGAAUUCAAAAAUUGAUGAAUUGAUGGAUGCAAUCACAUUCUUAAAGAAAAGGGAUGAUGCUAGGACAAAGGAAAUUGAACUCUUAAUGCAAAUGCAAAAUUCGAGUGGAAGACAGGUAUAUUAUUUUGGAUACAUUAAUUUAAAGUUAAAGCUUGUGAGUAUUUUUUUACAUAGUAUUAUUUUAAUACAUUUUUUCAGGGAUUGGAAUCACCCGCUGACGGUAGACGUUCAUCUGAGUCUAGCUACCGAAUUGCAGAUAAUGGAUCAUCAAGAAGAACAAAUUAGACUUUGUUAUAACUUAAUUAGAUUAUGAACUUUCUUAUGUAUUUUUGGCAUAAUGUG